UUAUUCUUCCAUAAUUUUUUCUUACCACCAAGAAUCUUCUCUCUUCCUCUGCUCUCCGCUGGAAGACAACGACGGCGUAGCUCCGGUGCGGAAUCUCUUCAUAAGAACCAUUGAUCCGCAAGGAGAGUUUACAGAGACCGCGAUCGAGCGCGCCGUGGACAAUGGAAGUGGUAAACAAGUACGUCUCCCUCAAGCACCACGUCGACGGCUACCCGUCGGAAUCCGACUUCGAGCUCUCCACCACGCCGCUGCAGCCCGCACCCGGAUCCGGCGAAGUCAUCGUCAAGAACCUUUACCUCUCCAUCGACCCCUACCAGCUCGACCGCAUGAAGCGCUAUAGUUCGUCUCACACGACCUGCCCCGCCGCCGCCCAAAUCGAGCCCGAGCAGGCACGCGUUGCGUGGCCACUAACUAGUCGCUCAGGUAACGCUUUCGUCGCCUGGUCUCAGCUCACGACUUCGCUCUUCUUGUUGCAGAGGAUCGACGCGUACGGGGUGGGGAAGGUUGUGGCCUCGGGGAGGGCGGAGCUGGAGGAGGGUGAUGUGGUGGCAGGAUUGCUGGGGUGGGAGCAAUACACGGUGGUCCGGCCGGGGACCGUCUUGAUGAAGGUGGACGCGAAGGAUCUCCCUCUUUCGUGCUACGCCAGUGUUUUGGGAACGAGUGGGUUGACAGCGUUCGCCGGUUUCUACGACGUUUGCAAGCCGAAGAAGGGAGAGAAGGUCUUCGUCUCGGCGGCGUCGGGUUCAGUCGGGAGCUUGGUCGGCCAGUACGCCAAGCUCUCCGGCUGUUAUGUCGUCGGAUGCGCCGGGAGCAAGCAAAAGGUGGAUCUGCUAAAAGGCAAGCUCGGAUUCGACGACGCGUUCAACUACAAGGAAGAAGCCGAUCUCAAGUCUGCUCUGAGAAGGUACUUUCCCGAAGGAAUCGACAUCUACUUCGACAACGUCGGCGCCGCCAUGUUGGAGGCAGCAGUGGCCAACAUGAACCCGUUCGGCAGGGUGGCAGUGUGCGGGGCGAUAUCGGAGUACACGAACGCCGGCAAGAGAGCGGCUCCGGACCUGAUGGACGUAAUCUACAAGCGCAUCACGCUGCGUGGAUUCUUGGCCUUGGACUACCUCCACUUGCACGAACAGUUCUCGGCCGCCACCUCCGACCACCUUCGCCGCGGCAGAAUGACUUCGCUAGAAGACGUAUCCGUCGGCAUCGAGAGCUUGCCGACGGCAUUUGUGGGGCUCUUCAGAGGUGAUAACGUUGGGAAGAAGCUCGUACGGGUGGGUGAAUUAGAAGGCUGAGCAUUAACUACUGAAAAUCCACGUGUGUGUUGUUUUAAUUUCAAUUAAAUCUAUAAUAAUACUUUCGAUGGAACGUCAUUCCGCCUAUGUCCGCCAUAAAUUCAGACCAUUUUCCUAUCAUAUAAUAAUCCACGCUAGAUUUAAUUUCAGAACACGCCUAUGACUAUUGAAUAGUCAUGAAGAUGGAGCGCCAGAGCAUUUUCUGGAUUUACUUAUGGAUGUAUGGUAUUAAAAAAAUAAUAAAUUGUCUUCACCAGAUUGGCACAUUUUUUA